AUGAAAGAUGGCAACGAAAAUGAGGUGGAAAAGAAGGAUAAAAUUCUCGUAACGCAUGGAACCGGCGUUUACGAUGUUACCACAUUUGCGGACAUUCAUCCGGGAGGAAGCAAAUAUCUCAAAGCCUUCAAUAAAAAGGACAUCACAAAGGCAAUGGAAGGUCCCUCUCACAGCCACGGGCCUUGGGCGAUGAGAUGGCUUUCCGAAUUCCGCGUUGGUUUUGCAGAAGACUAUCCUGACUUUGAAACUCCGAAGCUUAAUCUGCCCGACAAUGAUGGCUUUGUGGACUGGACAAAGCCCGUUUUAUGGCAAGUCGGCGACCUCAAAGAAAGAUAUACCCAAUGGAUACUGACUCCUACAGAUCGCCCAUUGAGGCUGUUCGAGAGUGAUUUCUUCGAGUACUUUAGCAACAAUACUUGGUACAUCGUGCCGAUCUUCUGGCUCCCCAUCGUCUUAUUCUUUGCCUCUCGAUGCAUCACUGGUGGUUUUAGCCCUCUGGAAACGUUAACUUUAUUCCUCUUCGGGAUCGGAGUUUGGACUCUGACAGAAUAUGUUCUUCAUAGAUUUGUGUUUCACCUGGAACCGUAUAAAUCUUCCGGCUUAUUGUCGAUCCUAACUGACAAUAAGUUUUGGAUCACUUUUCAUUUUAUCAUGCACGGUCAGCACCACAAGGUACCGUUCGACAAAGGUCGACUUGUGUUUCCCAUCGUUCCAGCUGCCAUCAUCGUUUAUUUCUUUCGAAUUCUGAUUCACUCCCUUUCUGGCCCUGUUUCCGGUGAAGGUCUUGUUGCUGGUGGUAUCUUUGGUUACGUCCUCUACGACAUCAUGCACUACUUCACGCAUCAUGGAGAUUUCGCCAAAGGAAGUUAUUUCGAUAAAGUACGACGAGCUCACGUGGGUCACCACUUUAUUGAUCCAAAUAAAACUUUUGGAAUCUCGUCACAAUUCUGGGACGGUCCAUUUGGAACAAAAAGAAAAACUGCUAAAGCAGAUUAG